AUGUCGAUCCGCUCAAUCUCCAGCAACCUUCUUUUCGCCGCCCUCUCUUUGAGUGGCCUUUCUGCUGGCCAAACAACCGGAAAAUUCAGCUUCCUUACCUACAAUGUGGCAGGUCUACCAGCCAUCAUUAACAACAACGAGGUCCCGGGCGACAAGGCUACCAACGCAAACUUGAUCGGCACCGUUCUGGCUACCCAGGCUUAUGAUGUCGUUCAUCUCCAGGAAGAUUUCAACUUUCACGCGUACAUAUACGCGACCGACAAUCAUCCCAACCGUACACCAACAUCUGGCGGUGUACCAUUUGGAGAUGGCCUGAACACCGUGGCCAACUAUCCCUGGACUGGCCUCACCCGCAAGAAGUGGAACAAGUGCAACUUGAACUCAGGCGAUUGCUUGACACCUAAAGGCUUUAGCUUCAUGCGCAUCAACAUCCAAGGAGCUGAAGUUGAUCUUUACAAUCUGCAUGGCGAUGCCGGCUCUGACAAAGGGGACCUUGAUGCUCGAUCAGCCGGCAUCGAUCAAAUCCUUGAUUACGUCAAGUCCAACUCAAAGGAUCGAGCUGUCAUCGUGGCAGGCGAUACAAACGACAGGUGGACCAACGCAGGCCGAAGCAUCGACAAGCUGACCGGAGCUGGCUUCAAGGAUGCUUGGGUCCAGCUGAUCAACGGGGGUACGUUUCCCGUAGCUGGUGCAACCGCGAACCCCUGCAAGGUGCCAGCGGCGGACAACAAAUGUGAAAUUGUCGAUAAGGUCUUUUAUCGAUCCGGAGCUUCAGUUACACUGACUGCCAACACAUUUAAGUACGUGCCAGAGGUGUUUGUCCAGCCUGAUGGAAAUAUUCUAUCAGACCACAACCCUGUCUUGGUUAACUUCUCGUGGAGUAAGACCAGCUAG